GGCCGAAGAGGCGACCACGAGGGAAGAAGCGAGAGUGAGAGACUUCAACUAAAAACUGGAGUAUGAUUGGAGGCCACCAACUUCAAAACCUUAGUAGUACCUCACACCUCCCUUAAACGCACGUGUCGUUUGACCUUGACCCAACCCCAAUCAGUUCAUGCCUCAAAGAAGCUUCCGAAACCCCAGUCCUACUCGGAGUCUUUGGACUAAAAGCCCUAACCUCUCUCUUCGUCCUCUCUGACUGUAGCUAAUCAACCAACAAGCGAAGCAACAAUCUCAAGGGAAUAUUAUGUGCAGCUUAAGUGAAUUCGACAUACCCCGCCCCUUCAUUGUCGCAGAAUUUUCGUGAUGGGCAUUCUAUCAGCAUCCAUUGCUGACUUUUCCGAGCUGAUGUCGGACCUACCAAUUUAGACCGACGAAAUUAGGGUUUUCAGUUUGAAUUGAGAAAUGGUUUGAAGCUUAUGGAAUUUCUUGCAAUUGGGUGGGGGAUUUGAUUUUGAUGAUAGUGAGGAGUACCGGAAAUCAAAAUGCUGGUUGGUCGAAACUUUUCCCGGAUACACACUUUGGAGCUGAAAAUCCAGAUUGAAAAGAAGCUAGGGCGUGCGAAAGCAGAGAAAUACUUUGAUCUCCUUACCAAAUAUUUAAGUCUCAAACUUAGUAAAAACGAGUUUAAUAAACUCUGCAUAGACACAAUAGGAAGAGAGAAUGUGUUACUUCAUAAUCAACUCAUUGGAUCCAUUAUAAAAAAUGCAUGCCUUUCCAAGAGUCCCCCACCUAAACAGAGCAAAACAGAAGGUUCUUUAAAUGUUAAAGUAGCAAAUGGGUAUCAAAGGAGUAGUCUUCAGUCAAUAUGCAGAGAUGUGUUUCCUCAAUCCCCUCGAAAGGGAAGAACUCCAAGUCUUCGAGACCGCAAGUUCAGGGACCGUCCAAGCCCUCUUGGACCACAUGGGAAGAAUCAUAGUGUUGUAUGUGAAGAUACAGUGCCUAAAAUUCAAGAACAGCAAAGUGCUACUGAGCUGCUUUCCUUGGGCAGCAGACCCCCAGGUGAAGUGAAUUCAGUAGAAGAUGGGGAAGAGGUUGAGCAGGCCGCUAGAAGCCCAGGAAUCCACAGUAGGAGCCCUGUUACAGCUCCUCUUGGCAUCCCGAAGACUACAAUAGUGACAAGAAAAGUGCUGUGUAAUGAAGCACCGUCUGCUUUCCAAAUUGAGUCUUGUCAGAUCAUGGGUGAGCUACCUGAUACCCAUUCUCUGAGGAAUAGGUUGGAACAGAAAUUGGAGAUGGAGGGAUUUAAGAUCUCAGGGGAUUGCAUUAGCCUUUUGAACAAUGGGCUGGAUGUUUUCCUGAAGAGAUUGAUAAAACCCUGUCUGGAAUUAGCCAGUUCAAGGUCUGGACAGAAGCAUCUAAGCCAAAAACACGGUCACGUUGUACCUGGUCCAAAAGGGAUGUGGCCUGUGAGGUAUGUACAAAAACCAGCUGGAUCCAUUCCUGCAUCCAUCUUGGAUUUUCGUGUUGCAAUGGAGUUAAAUCCAUAUAUACUAGGGGAAGAUUGGCCAGUAAAACUUGAGAAAGUUUGCUUGCGUGCAUCAGGAGAAUAACUGAAACUGAUGGUUUUAAUGUGACCAUAAUUUCAGGUUUGUCUUUCGAAGUGAUGACAUGUUAUUGUCAUUCUAAAAUCCAAUUCUAACAUUUAUCUUGACCUCCCAGUUUUCCAAGCAUUGCUGAAGUACAUAAGAAGUAGAAGCGAUGGGAAGUUUUGGAACAAGGUGAUUAGGUUGUAAAUAAAUCUCAGCGCCAAUUAUUCCCAGGAUGGUAUACCGUCAGUGGUAUAAGAUAAACACAUCAACAGAAGCUGGCCAUUAUAAAUAGCUUUGUAGACUUCUUGAACUCAUAUCUAUAGUUUUUUCAUUUUAUAAUUUUUGUUAAAUAAAACUUAUUUAUAGGGUUGCAAGACUUACAGUUGUUGAAUUUUUAGUGAGGUUGAAUAAAUUUUUCAUUUUGACAUAAUGUUGUUCAACUAUUUAUGGUUUUGAUGCUUUCUUACUCCCCUUCCCCCUGCACACAUGUGCUCUCUCACUGCAUGGUGGUCAUCUGUUAUGAAUCAUAAUGAUGUGCAUUUGUGUGCAAGUGUGCAUGUGUGUUUCUGCACUUUCUUUCCAGCAGUCAUCAGCUAUGCGAUCAAAAUGGACUUGCGUCAACACUGUCUAAAAAGGCUGGUCCCUUGAUCAAUAGAGUGUGAAAUGGGCAUGAAGCUCUUUGUUUUUGGCCUGAGUCAAUACAAGCGAAGGUUCUAUCUUUUAAUGCGUUCUCUGGCAAACGUACAAUCUUUCAACAUAUUCUCUCGGCUGGACUUGUCAAUACCCACUGCUGUACAAAUUUGUUUAUGGUUGAUUUCAGAGGUACCACUUUCUCAUGUUUUGUUGAUUAUUCACUGGUGCCAUUUGGUUUUGUGUAAAGUUUGUUUUUUGAUUAUUGUCAUUCUUGAAAUUUGCUUGCUCAUUUGUGUUCCUUGCAACCCUAUGUAGUUGGAAAUAAGGCAGGCCUGCAGUCUGGCAGUAGGAUAAAAUAUUGAUUCGAAAAAAUUCUUCAAGGCUUUUAUGUCAUUUAUCUAUCAUCUUACUCUGGAAAUGAAACAUACUGAAAUGGGUGGACAACUAGAUGUGAUACACCUGUCUGGAGCUCUGAUGCCUAUCCUUCAAAUAAGACUUCUGAGUGCAGAGGAAGUCUGACACUCAUUGGCACUGAAAGCAAGCCACGGGAUUCUUAUUCUGAUUGGGUGCUGCUUUUCUCCCUUCUUUUCUUGAUUGGCAUAUUAAUAAUUAAAGCAUGAAUAAAUAACAAGCUUGGAAGCUAUUCCAAUGAUCUUACACCUUUUCAAUAAUUUUAAGCAAAUUUCAUCGUUGAAAUGAGUCUCAAGGGUGCAAGUACUAACUGGUUCUUGGGAUAUUGAGGAGCACAUUUUGGAGACCAUUCCCAUGGUAUUAUUAUUCUAUAUUAAUUAGAACAUUGGGCCCUGGAAGAGGGGGAAAUGGCUAGGAGUAAUGGUAGGGUUUCUAGCUUGGGAUCAAGGAGAGUUGUCCUACUAUGCAUUGGGUUUGCAAGGUUUUUUGGGUACACUCAAAUUCUACAUUUUGGCGUCUUAGCAAGGAGCAUGUUGGAGGAUUUUUUAAAUGGUGCAAUGCUCUUUGUGGAGAGACUUAACUAUAGUCUAUAGGGUCUUACUAUUGAUAUAUUUUUGGAUUCAGUAGGGAUUUCAGCAGGUGUUUCUUUUCUAGAUUUACUGGAACUGUUUUCAUGUGGUUCCCCUCCCUAUAGCUCCACAAAAUAGGAUCCUCUUUGUGCUCAUGGGGCUUGCUCCUUUCUAUUUCCUUAUUAUAAAAAAAAUAUUACAUAUUUUUUAGGAAACAGAAAUGAGGUUAUUUAUUAGGUGGUGUUAUUAGAUACUCUAAUCAUGAAAGACCAGCUUUCAUCAAUCAACUUAACUAGCAUAGUUGUUAAGCUGAUGAACAAAGGAAUUUAUCAUGUUUGUUUGUGGUUCCUUCUCUGCAUGUUUCUAAUUUUUUAUGGUUAUAUUUACCCUUUUUUUUGGUAUGAGACAAAUAGGAUUAUUAUGUUAAUGCCCAGGCACCAUGCUGAUUUAAAGAAAAAGGCAACCCAGGAUUUAUGAGUCACUUUCACUGGUCCCGCUGCUUUAUGCCACCUUUGUUUUCCAAUGAGAAGAUGUCAAAAGUAUGGCUCUUAUAAGGCUCCCAUGGAGUGCAUUGCUGCAGUUCUUGAUAAACCAGGUAAGAGAACUUGAUCGGUCUCUCUACUCCCUAACCACCCUGUUUUUCUUUUGUGUAAUGGCAUCCUUACAGAGAUUGUGACCCUAAAGUAGUUAGGUCGAUUUGAUUAUCAUGGUAUGGUAGAAAAUCUUUCAGAGGUCUUGAAUCUUGGCUCAAAAUUGUAAUACUUGCAUCAAACUUCUCAGCAAAAGGGGGUUUAGCUUCUGACCAGCUUUUUCUUUGCUACAUGGAGCUUGUAUCUUUGACAUCUCUUAUCAAAACUUCAAUAUCAAUUAUGAAAGCGGUUAGAAAUCAUCACUUGCGCAUAUAUAUAGUUCUUCUUUCAUGUUGAUUAUCCUUGAGCCUGACUUGCUUCACAAGUAAUGUAUUGACCGAGUAUCAUGCCCUUGCCCUGCUUCACAAGAUAGAAAUUCUAUUAAUGUUGUGGCCAUGCCCUGCUUACAAGGUGUAAAUUAACCAAGCUUAGUGGGUUACCACACUAAGAAUACAUGCGAUUUUGAUUAAGUUCAAUCUUUACGCAGAUCAUUUAUGGGGCGAUUACACUCGGCUUCUUUGUCAAAUUAUGUGACAUUUGACAAUGAUAUGGGUUUAUUAUGUUUGACAAAUUUGAGUACUCUGGUGUUUGGUUGCACGACUCCUACUGAUGUAAACCAUUGUUCUAAUGUCUCUGUGUACUACAACUCAACUAUGACCUUUACUAUAAAACAUUAAUGAAAGAUGUCGAUAUGUACAGCUUUUUCCAAUAUCAAAACCCGUGGAAGACGAACUAUCGGAUAGGGUUGGACUAGGAGAAAAUGAUUGGAUCAGCUAUCUCUAUAUAAAAUUAAGAGAUUAUAUAUUUCUAUGCUGUUGGAGGGUUCUCGGUGGUGAUGAUGAUCUAAUUUGAUGUGUCGGCAACACUAACAUAUGAUUUGUGAAUUUGAGUACAUCGGCUUAAUCAUGUUAAAAGCUGAAUUACUUACUUGAUCAAGGACAUGAUGAUACCCAAAAUAAGAAUUGGUUUGUAUUGGAGUCACAUGUCAAAGAGAUGAGGGUAACAUAAUCAUUGAAUGUAGAACCGAACAUCGUCAAUCAUGAUGGGAGGAUCAAUCUAAUUCACGUGGUCUGAAUCAAAAUGGGGUUAGAACAGGUUUUGAACAGGACAAAUGUUAGGCACGGUAGGUGUUUAAGGAUAGGAUAUUUUUGUAAAUCAAGCAAUUCAAUUCCAAGACACGACAUGUUUUGACCGGAA